AGACUUUUUGAAGAAGAUCCAGGAUUACAAAACAUGUUCGCGGAAUUCAGAGAGGUGAAACUUGAAGAGCUGGCGCGAACGCGAGAGCUUCACGGACAUACCGAGAGAGUGAUGCGUGCCGUGGAGAACUGCGUUAACGCGAUGGAUGACCCAGACUCUUUGCGAGCUUAUCUGACGGAGCUGAGAAGGAGACACGUAUAUCGAUCAGUAAAACCAACUGUAAGCAAUGUAAGUAUGGCUUUUAAUGCUUUCUCUCCCAGGAGUGACCAAGAUGUAAUUUCUCCUCACAAUUUCAAUGCAAUAUCAAGAGGCCAAAUGACGAGAAUAUCAAAAAAUAUAAUAAAGCGAUUAUCCCCAAAAACUCAGAAUAAACUUUACAAGAAAUGUCAGGUGGACAUUAAGGAGAAUUGUCGUUGAGAUAUUGGGAGUGGAAAGGUAGACAAUCUUGAAAGGCUGAGAUAUUAGGUAAGAAAGGCGCGGGGUAAACGUAACGUCAACCUCGUUUCCAAAUCGAAAGAGAUGUCUCUAACACGAAACGAGAAAGCUAACAUUUCAUUUUACCGAUCAGCUUAGCAUAUUUCACUGCAGAGUCACCUUUCUGCGAUUCUAGCUGGUGCGCACCAUGCACUUGAGUAGUACACUAAGUCAACUACAGGCCAACUGUGUUUUUUCCUUCACUUUUUUUCCUCUUUUCACAACAGCUUCACCUGAUUUCCAAAGCGUUGAUUUCAACCUUUAAAGAGACCAUUCAGGACGAGUGGACUCCUGAACUAGCGGCAGCCUGGGAACUACUGUUGAAUUAUUUCACUCUGAUGUUGAAGGAAGGAAUACGCUCGACAGUUGAUUGA